AUGAUUUCAAAAGGGUUUUUAGAAUUGAUAGAGUUAGUGAAAAGUAAAAGAAUAAAAAAGAAUGUGAUUGUUAUUUUUAUCACAGAUGGAGUAGGGGAUGAUAAAUUGGAAGAUUACAUUGAAAAUUUAGCUGAAGAAUUCUCACAAUUUCAUUAGCAAGAAUAUUAAUUUAAAUUUUUCACAAUUGCAGUUGGAACUUCAUUUUCUCACAUUAUUGUUGCUGAACUGAAAAAUAGAAUUCAUAAUUCAACUUUAAUAAGUUCUUAGAUGGAACUUAUUUAAGAUUCGAAAGUUGAUUUUGAAAAAAUAUUAGAAGAAAUAAAAGCAGAAUUAUUCUACCCUUUGAUUAAGGUUGAACCAUCAGUUUCAUUAGUACCAUAAGGUAAAAAAUUAAAUACAAUUGCACCUAAUUAAACAUUCAUUUCAGAACAUCCAAUGGUCAACUUAAAUGGAAAAAAAAUUAAUCUCAAAGAAAUGCCUGUGUCAAAUAAUGAUGUAUGCUAAGUUGUGAAUUAGAUUUUUUUAAAAUUGCUAUAAGAUAACAUAAGAGGUUUGAGUUCAGUAAAAGAUGAGGCAACAAAAUAAAUCUAAAUAAUAAGUGAAUUAAUGGAAAAAGUACCUUAAUAAGAUCGAAUUGGUUUAAUGUCAGAUAUUUAGGAAACAAUGACAAAGAUUCAAGAUCUUGCUUCAGAAAAAUAAUAAUUAAAAUUAUUAUCAGCUUAAUAAGCAGCUAAAUCUAUUGCUGAUUUGUAAAAAAAGAGUAUUGAAAAAAGUAUUCAAAAACAAUAAGUAUUUUUAUAAUUAAAUAUGUUAGAUUGAUUAAUAAUAAAAAAUAAAUUAAGAGAAUCUUCAGAAAGCAAAGAAAAAGCUAGGUAGCUUGAAAAAAUCAGUUAAAAUAAAAACAAUUUUUACAUAAAUAGAAUAAUUUUUUAAAGAUAAUAAUGCAAAUCCUUAAUUAUUAGUUAAAUUAUUGCAAGAGAAAAAGGGAGGUUUGAACUUAUAGCGUUAUUCUUUGGAAUAUUAAGAUGAAUGUACUUAAUUAUUUGAAUUGCUUUAUAUGUGCAAUAAUUGA